AUGCAUAUACACAAUAUACAUGUGAAAUCAAAUAAACCCCAAAGAUUGUAUAAUACAGGGUCAAGUUAUUCAGGACCCUGUCGGAGUACAAUACUUAUAAUUAUAGCAACAUUAAUAGUUAUUAUCUAUAUAAUUUUAAAGAAACCGGAUGAUUCUUUAGAAGAUCCCUCAGACCAGUAUGUUAUUAGGAGUAUUCCCAAACUUUAUACCAAGUUGGAAGGUAUUGACGCCGAAGAAAGGGACGUGUUUCAGGGAUUUCGUACUUCGUUCUUGCCUCCUGAAGAGAUAGUACUUGCUCGAAGGGACACGGGCAGUAAGAAGGAAUUUUACGAAGGGAAUGUGACUAGUGAUAUCUUUAUAUGGGGAUCGACCGAUAAGCAGAAUUUAUCUCCAACCAGACUAAAACGUACAAGUCGCUUUACGUUUUCCUCCCAGGACUACCCUGACGAAAACCCAUCGCAACCUAGAAGAAAAUUCGAAAGCGAUGAAGUAGAUGAUGCCCAAGAUAACCAGAGUGAGGUAGAAGAGGAAUAUGAAUCGUCAGAUACUAGUGAACAGUAUGAAGACGCUGAAAAUUUAGAACGUGUAGUAAGACCAGAACUACACGUGGACCGAGGCCCUUUAGACGAUGUGGUAGAACAAAUCAGAGGUCAACCAGAGUUGGAAGAAGGAGAAUUAGGAUCGUCAGCUUACCAGUAUAAGCCGGGGAAAAAUUAUGCAGGGAUCCAUGCAUUUUGGAAAGGUCAAGGUGAUAAAGAAACAAUUAGAAAUACACAAGCUGACAUCAUGAGGAAAUAUAUGGACGCAGAAGCUGACCCUUGUCAUGAUUUCUAUCAAUAUGCUUGCGGCAACUGGGCGUCACUAAAUCCAAUACCAGCUGAUAAGGCGGGGUAUGAUACAUUUGAAAUGCUGAGAGAAAAUUUAGACACAGUAUUAAAAGAUCUUUUAGAGUUCAAAAAUAAUGAAAAUGUCGAUAGCAAGUAUCCCGGAAAACAUUUGGAUCUGCAAAAUCUGCAGGAAAAUUUCCUAAAAAGCUUACUACCUAAUAAAACGCACAGUAAGAUUAAAUCUAUAUUCCAUUUCCCCAAAGUUUCUUAUGGCGUCGACGAUAUUCCAGAUAUAUUAGGUGACAAUGAGUUCGAUGUUACUACUCCAAGUACCGUUUCCGUCCCUACUUUGGAUUAUAGCAAUCACGAAACAUAUUCAGAUCCAGAUGGCUUACGUUACUCUUUAGAGUUUGAAACUACGAAAUAUUAUGUAGGUUUAGAUAAUUCGCCACCAACAAACACAAAAGCAGUCGCUAACAAAAAGAAAAAAUGGGAAAAGUCUAAGGAAACUAUAAAACACAAUAUCUUAAAUUACAUUCAUCUCAAUGCUUCUACAAAUAAACCAAAUAAAUCAGAGAUUGUGUAUCGAAUCAGGAGGAAGCUAUUAAUGUACACAAAUGUAUACAAGAGAAAUAUUAUUACACUAAGUAGAAAAAGACAUACAAGAAACGCAAGAGAAUCAACUAAACUCAAACCGGUCAUACAGCACCAAUCGUCAGAAUCAAGACCCGUUACAGAGCCCACAACAGAAAACAGCACGACCAGAGAGACACCUACUACAGGCCAAGUAAAUAAAGAUCCCGCAAAAGGCGAUGCUGCGCUAAAAGCAAGAUUCUUAUUUAAAUCCUGUAUGAACUACGAAAUCCUGGAAAAACGCGGUCAUCAACCGCUGCUUGACCUCCUUAAUUUGCUCGGUGGUUGGCCUAUAUUGGAUCCUCAGUGGAAAGAUGAAGGAUUCAAUUGGAUUGAGCUCAUGGCGAAGUUACGACUAUACAACAACGACAUUCUGAUAUCAGAAUGGGUAGGACCAGAUAUAAAAAACUCUGAUGAGUUUGUGAUACAAUUCGAUCAAACAAGUUUAGGUUUACCUACAAGAGACUAUUUUCUUCAAAACGCGAAUAAAGUUUAUCUAGAGGCUUACAAAAACUAUCUUAUAAAAAUUGCGGUGCUACUUGGUGGCGAUCCACGCUACGUGAAAUGUAGUGCAAAUCAACUGCUUGAUUUCGAGACUAAACUUGCACGAAUCACAUCGGCGCCAGAAGACAGGCGCAACGUGUCGGAGUUAUAUCAACGUAUGCCACUAUGUAAAUUGGAAGAAUUGGUUCCAGAAGUUAAAUGGAAACGGUACCUUAGCAUCAUCAUGAAUAGGGACGUGAAAUCUAAUGAAACAGUUGUACUUUUUGCUCUUUCUUACGUUAGGCAUUUAGUACAAUUAAUUUCGGAGACACAACCAUCUGUUUUGGCUAAUUAUUUGCUCUGGAGAUUCGUUAGACACAGAGUUAAUAACCUAGAUGACCGUUUUCAAUCGGCGAAACAACAAUUUUACUUCAUCCUUUUUGGGCGUGAACAAUCACCACCUAGAUGGAAAAACUGCAUAUCACAAGUGAAUUCCAACAUGGGAAUGGCUUUAGGUUCAAUGUUCGUAAAAAAGUAUUUUGAUGAGACUAGUAAAAAUGAUACCCUCACCAUGACUUGGGAAAUACAAGAAUCAUUCAAGGAAUUGCUUCACCUAACUAAUUGGAUUGAUUCCAAAACUAAGAAAUUAGCAGCUCAUAAAGUAGAAGCCAUGAUGCUUCGAAUAGGAUAUCCAGACUUCAUACUCGAUAAAAAAGAACUGGAUGAUAGAUAUAAGGAAGUGAGUAUACACCCAGACAUGUAUUUUGAGAAUAUUUUAAACAUCCUUCAACAUUUGACAAAGAUGGAACAAUCGCGUCUUGGUCAACCAGUGAACAAAACCCUCUGGAAUACGGCUCCAGCAGUAGUGAACGCAUACUACAGCCGCAACAAGAACCAAAUCAUGUUCCCCGCUGGUAUCUUGCAGCCUCCAUUCUAUCAUCGACAUUUCCCACGUUCCUUGAACUACGGCGGCAUUGGUGUCGUUAUUGGUCACGAAAUUACACACGGUUUUGACGACAAAGGUCGUCUAUUCGACUGCAAUGGGAAUCUGCACCGAUGGUGGUCGGACUCGGCAAUCGACUCUUUCCAUCGGCGUGCGCAAUGCCUCAUCGACCAGUACGGCCGUUAUAUUGUUCCUGAAGUCAAUAUGAAGCUUGACGGGGUUAAUACACAGGGUGAAAACAUAGCUGAUAACGGUGGUGUAAAGCAGGCAUUUCGCGCCUACCGUCAGUGGCUGCAGCGUCACGGAACAGACGGAGAAACUCUUCCAGGCCUCAAUCACACUCAUACGCAAUUAUUCUUCCUUAACUUUGCUCAGGUGUGGUGUGGGGCGAUGCGCCCAGAAGCAAUGCGCAACAAAUUGAAAACUGCAGUACACUCCCCUGGCAGAUUUCGUGUGAUUGGCACGUUGUCCAACUCUCAUGACUUUGCCAGAGAGUUCCAAUGUCCACCAGGCACGCCCAUGAACCCCAAACAAAAGUGUACUGUGUGGUGACCUGACUCGAUAGGUAUACUGCACCUUGAAUUUUACGCUUAAAAAACAUCUUAUACUUUAUGCACGCUAUACUAUCUCAGAUUUUAUCUUCACGUUUAUUAUGGACGUUAUUUAAUAUCAAUCUAGGUAAGCUGUAAUUAGUUUAGCACAAUAAAUAAGUAUUCUUUAAUUCAAACAAUAGUUAUAGUUAUUUAUGUGUAUAAAUAUGUCUCUAACAUGCCCGUGAACCACCUGACUGACUCACCUGGGUGAACCAUGGACAAUUAAAUUUCCCGUACCUCCCUAUGCCCUACUAAUGUGAUUUUUUUUUUCUCGUGAUUAUUUAUAUCCAUGUGUUAAUUUUUCCCUGUUAAAAUGAGUAACAAAAUGUUUUCGACUAUAACCUCAAUUAUCUGGUUUGAGAAAUAUGACUAGGGUAACAGAGUAACAAAUUUAACCUCGAGGGAGCGCCAAUAGGACCAAUUUCAAAGUAGUUUCUUAAAUC